UUGCCGCCGAUGUCAUGAAACAUUUCAAAAAACCUUGUGGCUUUCCAAAUGUCAUUGGUGCCAUAGAUGGCACUCAUAUUAAAAUCCGGGCUCCUCCAAUUGAUGCAGCUUCUUACAUAAACCGGAAAGGUUUUCCAUCCUUAAAUGUUCAAGUAGUAUGUGAUUCACGGGGCCUCUUUACACACUGCUAUGCAGGAGAAGUAGGAUCACUUCACGAUGCUCGAGUUUUUAGAAACUCUCCAGUAGCACGUUUUCUAGAAAUGCCUCAUGUAUACUUCCCUAAUGACUCCCAUAUUAUCGGUGAUGCUGCAUAUGCAAUUCAUCCGCACCUAUUAGUCCCAUUUCGAGAUAAUGGUCAUUUAACAAACCGACAAAAAAAUUUCAAUUAUUGUCUAUCAUCAACAAGGAUGGCAGUUGAACGUGCAAUUGGACAAUUAAAAAUACGUUUUAGGAUAUUAUUAGAUUGUCUACCACUGACAGAUGUUAAAAAAAUUCCAGAAUUCAUCAUUGCAUGUUGCGUGUUACAUAAUAUUUGCAUAUUACGAAAUGAUGUAAUGACUGUUGGCAUCCAACAUUAUGAAGAAGUCCAGGCAUUUGUUCGCGACAAUAACACUGAGAUGGGAAAUGCUAAAAGAACGAGAAUAAUGAAUGAAUUGCAAAUGAAAUGAAUUGAAAUGAGUCAAUUAUGAAUAAAUAUUUUUGGAUGAAUAAACAUUUGUGAAUAAACAGAUAUUUAUGUUUAAUGUUUUACU